AUGUUCAUCUUCUUUCUAUCGGUUCUGUUGGUUCUUCUCGGAGGUUUCUUCUUCAAACUUGCUGUCGCACACAGCAAAUCCUCGUCCUCCUCAGUGUCCUGGUCAUCAUCCACUCCAUCAUUGAUCAAAAAGGAAAAAUCAACUUUGACAUCUGGCACUCCUCAGACUGAAAAUACAACAUCCACUCCGAUUCAAUCCAUCGAUGUUGGACAUGAUUCUCUCGAUCUCUCUCUUGUAAUGCCUUCUAAAGAAGAAUUUCGUCAAGUUUUUAAAAAUGUUUCUUCCAUGUUUUUAAAGAAUAUUUCGGAACAAGUUUCGAAAAUGGAUAAAAUGUUGAAUUUGGCACAAUCGGGUCAACCAAUAACAAGUAAAGUGAUUUCAGAGACAGGUUCGAAAAAGUUCGAAAAAGUUUAUCAAUUGGCAGAAGAAGAACAAACACUAACAGAAAAGCAUGGAGUUGAACAUGGUGACUUCGAAGAAGAAGAGGAUGACGAGUCGACUGCUGUCAUUUGUCUGUCACCUUCGAUCGAAGAAGAAUUUGAAUCCGAUGAAGAAGAAGAUGUCUCCAAAAAAUCCGAUCAAACCCCUCUCACAGAAGAAGGAAAAAAAGAGAAAAUGAAUGAAAAACGAAAGAGUAUUCUUGCAGAAAUUCUCAGCACAGAAGAAUAUUAUGUGAAAGGUCUUCUUAUUUUGGAUUUUAUUUACAAGAGACAAAUCGAACAAAAGAAAAUUGUCGAUCCCAAAGUUCUCAAAACCAUUUUUCAAGAUGUUGACAUUGUGUGUAAUGUGAAUCAGAAAUUUUUAGAGGAAUUACGAAAAAUUUAUGAAAAGGAAAAGAAUUUGGAAAGAGAACAACAAAAGUCUCCUCUCGUGUUGAAAGGAAGUGUCAUCCAUGCUGCCAAUUCGAAUUUUUCAAGUUUGGGAGAAUUAUUGAAUACCUAUGCACAUACUUUUAAAUUAUAUGCAAAUUAUAUUUCUGGUUAUAAGAAGGCAUCGGCUGCAUUGUCGGAAGAAAAGAAGAAGAAUAAGCAAUUGAGCAAGUUUUUGGAUGUUAUGAAAUUGUUGUUGAAGGAACAAGGUGAAAGAAUUACACAAUUGGAGAGUUUUUUGGUGACACCUGUUCAGAGAAUUCCUCGUUAUCGAUUACUUCUUGAAGAUCUUUUAAAGAACACUCCUGACGAUGAUCCUGCCAAACCAAAACUCAAAGAAGCUCUCGAAUUAAUCAAAUCCAUUGCUCUCUAUGUCAAUGAAGCUGAAAUGAAAGUUGAAAACAUUCAAGUGACUUCACACAUGGUUCACAAAUUGAAACUCAAAGGAUUUAUCAAACCUUCAAGAUAUUUAUUUGAUUAUUGGGCUGAAGAAAAUAACAAUACCAUUCAAUGUAGAAGCAAAUCAUCAACUUCUCGAGUCCAUAAUUGUGAACUUUAUGUAUUUAGUGACAUUUUGGUAUUUCACAAAAAUUAUGACAGUUUUUUAGGAGCCAAAGUGGAAUUACUUCACACUCGAAAAGGAGCCAAACAAAAGAACAAACUUGUGGUGAAGGAAGUUCAAAUUAUUUCAUCAUCAUCUUCAAUAACAGCAUUGGAAGUGACUGUGAAAUUUAUUUAUGAAAAUAAUUCGAAUAAGGAAAUUAAAUUACUUCCAAAGAAUGUUGAAGAAAAGACUCGAUUGGAAAAUGCACUUCGAAAGAGUAUUUCAGUUGUUUCAUCCUCGUCCAACUCCACUCAAGGAUUGUUAUUUGGAAAGAGCAAGAAAUAA